AUGCCCAUCCUAUCCUCUUGCUUGCUGCCCUGUUACUUCUCCUCCUUAUCAUUCUGUAUUGCCUCUCCAACCAACCAUUUGUAUCUUUGCUUGCUUGCUUGGUUUUAUUUUAAGCCAGGGGCUGCCUUCUCCUUCAAAAAAUGAAAACCAUUUGAUUUGGGAAAUGCCUGAGCAUGUGAGAGCAUUUUUUAAAAAAACAAUCUAGGAAGAGUUCAGUUUCAUUUGCUCUCUUCCUUCUGUUCCGAGCAGGCAGUACUGAGCUCUGUAUAAAUAGCCAAGCUUGUGCUACAUCCAGUUUGAGAGAUCCAAGCAUCUAGUGGAAGGCAAACAACAGCACGGCAGGCUCGGAGCAGCUUGCAAAAACUAAAGAUGAUGUAUAUUUCAGCCUCGAUCUCCUGAGCAAUCUCGGGAAGCUUGGAUGGAUUACAAUAAUACUUGAGCAAGGCUGCUGGCGUCUAUAAAGCACUGUCACUUACAAGAGGGGAUAAGUGCUAGAGAGAAUGUCAUUAUAUCCACGUAAGAUAAAUGUGAAGAGCUGAUACCCUGGAAAGGAUGAGUCCUGGAGAUAGGCUGAUGGCUUAAACUUCGAAAAUCUUCUCCAAGCAGAAUAGCACAGAUCUGGGAAUGAAGAACUUCUCUCAGCUGAUCAGAAAUGGCAUCGCGAAGCUAAAACCUCACCAGAAGAAAGACCCCUCCCCAUGAAACAAGUACAAUGCACUUUCAGGGUCUGGUUCUUGGUGAAAAAUUCAAGCUGAGAGAAAACUUAACCACUUGGCAGGGAAGGAUGUGUUGGACAAUCUUCUUCAUGCACUCCAAAGGGAACCUGGAGGAUGCCACGCUGAGCUUAAUCUCUGCAGCAUGCUUGGUAAUUUUCUCCUCCUGAUGCACUGCAUGGUCAAUGCAGAAAUGGGACAGAAUAGACAUGUGAAUGAAAUACGUGAUACUGGCUACAGAUUGGUGGCUCUAUCAAGUCCAAUCUCAUAUUCUUCUUUUCACCCACCAAGCUCAUCCUGCUUCAUUUCUGUUAGCCUGAGGAGAAGGAUAAAGAAAUUGGCUACCAAGAUGGUAAUCACUAGUGGAAAUGAAGAAGAAAAAAACAACCAAGAAAAGGAAAGCAAGGAGGAAUCUAUCCUGGCAAUGCUUGGGAUUAUUGGGACAAUUUUGAACCUCGUUGUGAUCAUUUUUGUGUACAUCUACACGACAUUGUGAACCCCAGAAAGAAACUGGUGACGACAGCUGACAAGAGGCGAUGGCCAACGUUGUCAGUUGUUGACACAUGACUUGAUGAGAAUUGACUUUGUAGUAUAUUACGACAUCACAAAAACAUUGCCUGUGGGCGGUGGAAGCUGAAGCACAAUUAAUUAAACCAGACUUUUUUUCACACAGUUACAAACAAAACUCCUUCCUGUCUUUCUCUUGCUGCUCUGCCUUUCUUCUUUACAUUUGUUCUAGAUAAAUGACUGCAAAUAUGUAAGUAUCCUUUUUGGGGAUGGAGGAGAACCAACAACAACAAACCCACUACGGACUGGUCAAUUCAAUACAGCCAAAGACUGGACACUCUUAUAAACAUUGAGAAAUGUAUACCAUUUCCAUGCUAAGAUAUGUUCCACAGAUAGCCAGGUAGCUAUCUUUCAUGUCCAUCAGGCUGCAUUGUCUUCUCUUUGGGAUUUUAUUUACAUUGAAGCUGGCAAGCUUUUGAUUUGAAAUGAACAUAUGGUGUGAUCACAAGGUGGGAGGGCGGGAGGGGGGAGAAACAAGAAUUCCACUCAGCCGCCUGAGCAAACAAAAGAUAAAACAUUGAGCAAAGUAAAGUUACAUGACAUUUCUUUUCUCUCUCCCGUUGGCUUGACAUCUGUGUUUCUUCAUACUGAUGUUUAUAAAUAUAUAUUUUUAAUAAAUGUGCUAUAUUUUUAGCAUGA